GGCGGAAGCAAGCAAACAGUUGUGGUACGUCAGCUGAGACGCGCGUCAGAAGUAUAUUUGUUUCAAUUCAGAACCGCCGUUUCUGUACAGCAAGCAGUCAGUUAAAGUUCUUUUUUUUCCAAUUUUUGUGUGUGCGAAAAAUCGCAAAAAUUAACGCGCUUUAAAAUACAAUAAAAACGUAGCAAAAUGACUUCGAAAAUCGCUUUGAGCUUAGUGCUCCUACUCGCCGCAAGCAGCAGCUUUCCAGAGGUUUUCGGUAAAACCAUAGACAAACGUAACGCGAACUGCGUGCAAUGCUCAUAUCACACCUCCUAUGCAGCACGAGACUCAAGCGGCGAUGCCUGCCACGGUAAUCCUUGCGGUGUGAAUGCUGUUUGUCAGGAUGCUGGCGGUCGCCCAGUCUGCUCCUGCCCACCUGGUCACAGCGGCAAUCCGCUGUCACACUGUAAUCGUGGUGAGUGUCUGGACAACAUCGACUGCCGUGGCGAUUUGCAAUGCAAGGAUAAUCGCUGUGUGAACCCAUGCGUGGGCGCUUGUGGUCUCAAUGCCAACUGUGAGCCCAAAAAUCACGUUGCCGUUUGCAGUUGCCCCACAGGCUACAGAGGCGAUCCAUUCACUUCCUGCCAUCGUGUUGAUCCUGAUGAGCAGUGCCAUCCCAGUCCAUGUGGCGUCAAUACCAAAUGUGAGAUUCUAAAUGGAGUGCCCACCUGUUCGUGUGUACAUGGCUUCACUGGCAAUCCACUUAGCGGCUGUCGUCACGAGUGCGAACACGACGGCGACUGCAGUGCACGCGAUACCUGCAGCAACUACAAGUGUGUGCCCGCUUGCCAGCAAUGCGGCAUCGGCGCCACCUGCAACACAGUCGCUGGUCACCGUGCCGUCUGCGAAUGCCCCAAGGGUUACAUCGGCUCGCCGUACACCGAGUGUCGUCCCGAGUGCUAUGGCGACUCCGAUUGUCCAUCCAAUCGUCCUGCUUGCUUCUAUGGCAUCUGCAAGAACACAUGUGAUGGCGCAUGCGGUGUCGGCGCUGACUGUAAUCUGCGCGGUUUGACACCUGUCUGCAGCUGCCCACGCGACAUGACCGGCGAUCCGUUUGUGCGCUGUCGUCCUUUCACGAAGGAGGAUCUCUGCGAACCAAAUCCUUGCGGCACAAAUGCGCUCUGCAUCCCCGGUCAUGACAAUACAGGACGUGAGCGACCAGUCUGCAACUGCCUGCCAGGCUACACCGGCAAUCCAUUGUCACACUGCUCGCGUGGUGAGUGCUUGAGCAACAACGAGUGCCCCGACAAUAAGGCGUGCAUCAACUACCAGUGUGUGAAUCCCUGCAUUGGCAAGUGCGCUUCGGGCGCCACCUGCGAGCCCAAGGCUCACUUGGCGGUGUGCAAGUGCCCACCGGGUUACUCGGGCGACGCGUUGGUGUCGUGCCGCCAGACGCGCGCCUUCCCCGUUGCCAAAUACGAUGGCUGCACAGUAUGCGGUAAAUAAGUUGGAGGAGCGUCUGCCGACGUUGUUGAAAACUGCCAAGCAUGAAAGUAGCCGUUUCUGUAUUGUGCGUGCUACACUUUCUUCUCACUUAUGCUACACGUUCUUCGUAUACAAUUUCAGUCGAUUUUUUUUCUUUUUGUUUCUUGUCUCUAACUUCAAUGCCUUCUAUUAUAUGCUGCGCUGAAAAUAAAUUAAUAAAUAUGUAUUAUUUUGUUUUUGUAAAUUAAGCAUAAACGCCAUUUCUCAAUAAAUUUAAUUUAUUUUUUUGUAAUUUAAAAAAUUCUUAAUAAAAUAUUUUUAGAAAAAUUUAAAUAAAUAUAUACUAACGGCUCGUUUUAUAACGGUGUGCGGUGGAAGCCUGUCUUCGCCUGUAAAGAAUUCACCACGAUACGCUCAAGCUAUCAAGUAUACCAAUUUUCACUGACUGAAUUCACCACGAUACUCUCAAGCACUUGAGUAUACCAAUUUUCACUGACUGAACUAGUUGUUGGAAUAACUUCGAAACACCGGCAAAUUUGAUGAUGUUGAUUGUUGUUGUAGCGGCAUAAAACAUUCUCCAACAUAAUACUGAGGAAUGUUGCUGAUUUGGCAGUCCUUGGCCGGAUGAGAAUCCGGAUCCGUUACUCCGGUUACUUAAAACCGACUGGUGUGAGAACGUUUGAUGUAAAACAAAAAAAAAAAGUCCGAAUAUAUUUCCGAAUAUUUUUGGAGCUUGCUGCUGAGGUGAAAAUUCAUAGUCGGAAAAAUACAUCCGCCGAAUAUCUUUGAAAAUGGCGCUGAGGUGAAAAUUCCCAGUCGGAAAAAUACAUUCGCCGAAUAUCUUUGAAGAUUGCUGCUGUGGUGAAUUUGAUGAAGGCUAUACAUAUAAAUCCGAAUACCUUUUAUUCUGUGGUCAGCAUAUUCACAAGACGAUCUUUCAAACCCGACUGCCUCCUCUUCUGAUGUCAUAACAUUCUCACGACGAUCUCGCAAGUGGACUUAACUUCGAAAUUGUUGUUGUUGCAUCAACUAUUAGGUUAGAUCUUCAAUAGCAGUACUUGGCCUAACGGUGUUUUCUGAAUUUUACAUUUUACAACAAUUUGGCAGUUACAACAACAAAACAAUAGCUUACAAAGUAGACAUUAUCAACCAUGAAGUGUGGUGAAAAACUGUUGUACCGCUCGCUAUGACAAAUUUCCAACACAGAGAGAUAUUUAAUUAAUAUAAAAGAAUUUUCGUUUUUUUUUUUUGUUGUUUUUGACAUGGUAAGACGUAAUAUCACUUAUAUUUAGUAGACUUUACUUUUUUUGUUUUUUUACUAAUAAUUGAAUACAGUUUUAUAAACGAAUGUGUGUUGCUUAUGCACGAAAUAAAUACCAGUUGAAAGAUGCAGCAUUAAAAUAUUAUAACAAACUUGUGUACUGAAACAUUAAGGUAAAUUAAAUCGAACUAAUAAAUAAUUAAUUAAUUACGCAAAUUUAGGUUGCUUACAU